AUGCGGUUUGGCCGCGGCCAGGGCAGCGGACGAGAAAAUGAAAAAAUAUGGGAACGCCCUCCCCUCGAUGGAAUUCUUGCCAAUAUGCAUCGAGGCUGCAUUCCAUGGCAGAAUCAGUCAGCUGACUCAAUAGUUCGCAAGUUGCUAGAUGAUGGUGUUGGACUCUUGUCAUCUUUUGAUGCUGGUGCUGUUCAUCCGUCUUACGGAAAUACGGAUGAUCAUAAUGAACCUGAACUAGGCAUUCACGUUGAACCUUUCAAUAAAAUUUUAAGUUUUGGGUUAAAUUUCUAUCCAGAGGACCGAUGUUUCAGUCUUGAGCAAACAAAAGAUCAUCUUUCAGAUUAUAUCAGGGUUAAUUAG